AUGGCUCCUGCCGCGACAGCUGACAGCACACUGUCGAACACGACCGACACUGUGCUUGAAAGAAGCUCCGUCGAAGUGAACGCUGCUGCAGAGCCCGACAAUGGUUCUAGCACAACAGCACCCUCGUUGGAUGGAGAGGUCAAGCAACUUCACUACCCCCGAUCUAGAGUGAGCUUGAUCGAUCGCUUUGUCGACGAACCUCGUAAGGUAAAGGUUGCCGUCAUCGGGGGAGGAUUGGCAGGCAUCCUUGCAGGGUGCUUGUUGCCCGUGAAAGUUCCUGGCAUCGAACUCGUCAUCUACGAGAAGAACCCUGAUUUUGGAGGUACUUGGUACGAGAACGUAUACCCGGGUGUUCGCUGUGACAUUCCAUCACAUGUCUAUCAGUCCACUUUCAGCCCGAAGACUGACUGGUCUGACGAGUUUGCACCUGGUGCAGAGAUCAGGGAUUACUGGCAAUCUGUGGCUAGGAAGUAUAACGUCUAUCAAUUCGCUAGAUUCCAACACCAAGUUGAAGAUGCCAGCUGGGACGCAACGGCCGGCUCCUGGACGUUGAGGAUAACCGAUCUUGCAUCAGGUUCUGUCGUUCAGGAUAAUGCUGACUUCGUGCUGACUUGCAUCGGGAGAUUUAAUGCGUGGAAGUUACCUAAGUAUCCUGGCUUGUCAGACUAUACGGGCAUUCUACGGCACGCAUCCCAUUGGGAUCCUGAUUUUGAUCCGACUGGGAAACGUGUUGCUGUCAUUGGCAAUGGAGCUAGUGGCAUACAACUAGUUGCGAAUCUCCAGCGCAAGGUUGCUAGACUGGAUCACUACGCUAGAAGCAAAACUUGGAUAGCUGCGUCCUGGGCGGGAGAUGAGCGAACACUGGAGCCUCAACCGAUUCCGGAUGAAAAAGUGAAGUCUCUCGAGGAUCCUCAGUCCUACCUCGCAUUCAGGAAGGACCUUGAGGACAAAUACUGGCGAAAGUUUUCAACGUUUCUGAAAGGAGAGGCCAACGACAACCUUCGUCAAUUCUUUGCCGACACAAUGAGAGCACGGCUUUCUAAGAAGCCAGAGCUGUUGGAAGAGCUUGUACCCGACUUCGGCCCUAAUUGCCGCCGACUUACACCCGGCCCUGGGUAUCUCGAGGCUCUCCAGGAGGAUAAUGUGGACUUCAUACGCCAACCUAUCAAGAGAUUCACCAAGACAGGUAUUGAGACUGCUGAUGGAACUCAGCGGGACGUUGACGCGAUCUUCUGCGCAACUGGUGCAAAUGGAGACAUGGUUCCACCAUUUUCCAUCCGAGCCUCUGGCCGCGAUCUUUCGUCGUUAUGGCGCCCUGAUGGAGAGUACGGCUUUCCAUACACGUACUUGGGGGCAGCAACACCAGGCUUUCCAAAUUUGUUCUUCGUUCAUGGGCCACACGCGACUGGCCCAAGUGGUACGGUUCCACAAAGUGUUGAGACGCAGCUUACCUUUUAUGCGAAGAUCCUCCGUAAAGCAUCGCGUGAGGGGAUCAAGUCCAUCGCCCCCAAGAAGAAGGCUGCGGACGACUUUGUCGAGUACUGCGAUGCAUUCUUCGUUAAAACUGUCUUGACCGAAGGAUGCUCGAGCUGGUAUAAUGGUGGCCACCCCGGUGCGAGAAUCCAUGGUAUCUGGCCAGGUAGCUCAAACCAUAUUACUGCAAUUAGGAGGGAGCCCAGAUGGGAGGAUUGGGAGUACGAAUACCUGGCGGAAAGCCAAGGUAACAGUCUCUUAUGGUUCUUUGGCAAUGGCGGGACAAAGGCCGAGCAAGACCCACAAUCCGACAUGACGAGCUAUUUGAAGACGCCCCAAGAUGUCGACCUCAGAGAACAUCACGAGUCUUGGUGGCAACUCCCAUAA